AUACCACAGAUGAGUUAAAUGUGGAUGAACUAAAUACGCCGACGAUAUUUCGCGUUAUGAGUAUUGUGAGUGGUGGUGGUAAUGAGUGUUACGUGAUACUUUUGUAGUCGUAAGACUGACCGAACUCUUCGUGGUCGGAAUUACGCCGGCGUGAAAAUAGAAUAGGAUUAACAACACAUCGAAGCGAUCGAGAAGGCCUAGUUUUACUGUUGUGUAUGCACGUUCUACGUGUUCAGUGUAAUACCGUGGAACAUACUUUUAGAAUAUGCUUUGUGAAGGCUCUUAAGGUGUACUUUUAUUUUUAUUGGGAAUUUGUGAUGGACGUCAAGGUUGUACAAAAACGAUAAUUUCAAGUCUGAUUAUUUUUAACAUCUUAUAGUCGGGUUAUCGUUUGUAGUAUGAGAAAAUGAUUGUACAUGCAGGAACUUCCGUCUCAUUCAGUGACAUGGUACGUGCGGUUAUUCAAAAGCAUUAUCAAUGUAUUUCAGUCUCUUUCGUCGCUGUAGUACACGAAAAUGGCCGACCUAACGGAAUUGCGAAUGAAUGUAGCAGCGUUAAAGAGGGUUGAUCCAUAUGUAAAAGACAUUAUUGAAACCGCAACUCAUGUUGCAUUAUAUACAUUUAGUACAGAUGAUAACGAAUGGGAGAAAACCGAUGUGGAAGGUGCCUUGUUUGUUUAUAGCAGAAAUGGGGAGCCAUAUCACAGUAUUCUUAUUAUGAACAGGCUUAAUACAAACAAUCUAGUUGAACCCGUUAUUCAAGGACUAGAUCUACAAUUACAAGAGCCAUUUCUUUUGUACCGGAAUACAAGUUGCCGUAUUUUUGGUGUUUGGUUUUACGAUAAAGACGAGUGCAUUCGUAUUGCGUCAGUGCUUGAUAAACUCGUUAAAGAGUCUGAAAUGAGUAAGAAAAUUACAGAUAAAUCUGCUCUGAACAAGUGUAGUAGUGGUGAUGCUAAUGUUGACAUAUUUACGAUGCUCAGUAGAGCUCAGGAGGAUUACAAAUCAAACAAGAACCAAGCAAUUAGCAGGCAUGCUCCAACAGAAGAAUCGAAACCAGAGAUGCCACAGGGUGUCAUGGAUUUUUUUGCAAAAGCUAGCAGUGGUGCUUCUCAUUUUUCAUCUGAUAAGGUAUCACAGCCAGUAGGUAUAUUUGUUGGUCAUCACCAGUCAAGAACUUUGGGUGUAGAGCUUCCAAGUGAUAGAAGUGAUGGUCAGUUGAAACCUCUACUGCAGCGCCUAAUGUCAAACCCAGCACACACUGUGGAACACAUUGAAAAACAACAGAGAUCUGUUACUCCACAAACAGAAGCUACAUCAGCUAAGAGAGAUAAAGGGAAAAUCCAAUCUUGUGAAGAUGGUAGCGAACAAAACAGCAGUGGAAACUUUAGAGCAAGACCAGUGUCCUCUGGCAGUAUGACAGAUGUUGUGAAAGCACAACAUGCCAGUGUACCUAGUACAUCAGCAGAGUUGGUGGAGAAUGGAAUUAGUUUCCUCCGCAUCCCAUCUCCUUCGACAACGUGCCCACAACUUGCACCAUUUUUUGGGACUGGAGAACAGACAGUUCCAUCAAGUGGAAUGGUGGUGGAUGUUGCAACACCUGAUCAGCGGCCAUUAUCAGCACCGUUGUGCAGUGGAAUGGAAACACCACAGAAACCAGCGUUAAUGCCCCCUACUAUGUUCACUUCGUCAGCUGCGAAAGAUGUACCAAACAACAUAGAUGCCGGUACCACUACAGUUCUGAUGCAUAGUCCAAGUGUGGCAACAGUAAAUCCAAAACCAGAACUUUCUGUGUCUACCCUGGCCACUUGUCCAAGUGGUGCAGUUUUGCUGGAUGAUAGUGUAACAUCAGUGAGACCUGAACCAUUAACCAGAAACCAGCUUCUUCAAGCAUUCAAUUAUCUGGUGAAAAAUGAUCCUGAAUUUGUUAACAAACUUCAUGAAGCAUAUGUUAAAUCAUUUGCAGAAAUGGUCAUGUAGACAAAUGGCAAAUCUUUCUUUAUGCAGAACAGUGGCAUUACUUUUGUUAUUAUGUUGUGCUGAUCAGCAGAUGGUAUGAAUUAUCUGACUUUGCAGAGUUUCAGAUAGUGGCAUAAUCUUAAAUGAGUCCUAAUGAAGUACAAUUUAGUUACUGUAAGAAAGACCUACGUGUUGUAGUGUGUGUACUGUCUUGGCAUGGAAUAAUAUUGUAUGCUGUUACACAUUUUGACUUGUGAAGAGUUUAAUCAACAAAUUGUAAACACUGGAUUUAAAUUCCUGUAUCGAGUUGCUCAUCAUUACAUCUAUUUUAAAUUACUUAGUGCUGUGUUGUGCAUUUGAUUCACUUUACAGUGAGCUUUGUUACAGCAAACAAAAAGUCUCCCAAUAAUUUGCACAUAAUAUAAGAAAAUAAUAUCAUAACUUUUUACAAUGUUACUUUAUUGUGAACAAUAGCGAUGCAUUUUCUUUUUAGGUCUGCAUAAUUUGAAUUUGGUCUAUUUUAAUUUAUAAGUCAAAUAUGAAAGUGUAAUUUUUUCUGAUUCUUUUUCAUUAAGGAUUUAUUGUUAGUAAUACUACUGCCCUGAAAUAGAAAUAAAAACAACUUUGGCAUUAAACA